UUCCCUCUCCGCCCCGAUAUCCCGAUCGCGGAAGUGCGCGCGAAUCUCUCACGCGUUACCACACGAUUGACGGCGGCGGGUCGUGGAUCCUGCGCGGGAUCGAGCGAAAAGAGUUCGAAGGAAAAAGAGAAGAAGAUAAAGAGGCGCUCGUAAGCCGCCUGUGUAACUUCGGCGAGUUCGUGUCCCGGGAACAAUGCGGUAAACAGCUGCCUGUGUUUAUCCGCGUGACAACGGGAGCGCGACAGUGACGCUGACAGUUUGACAGCUGACGUGUGAGGGAUUCAACUGGAGGAUGUUGCUGUCCGGAGCGUGGUUCGAGACCAUCGCAGCGGCGCUGCUCGCGAUCCUGGUGUUGGCUACUGGCUACUGGCCACCCUGGUGGUUCUGGACCAGGAACUACAACGCAAACGCCGAUACAGGUGACCACGGCAGGAAGUUCAAGACGGCGCGUGACGUACCGGGUCCUUUCGCCCUACCAAUUUUAGGCACUAGGUGGAUAUAUUCUUGCUUCGGUUAUUAUCGGUUAAAUAAGAUCCACGAGGCGUACAAAGAUCUGAAUCGGCGAUACGGGCCGCUGUGCAAGGAGGAGGCGCUGUGGAACUGCCCCGUGGUCUCCGUGUUCUCCCGUCGCGACAUUGAGGCUGUCAUCAAACGGAGCUCGAGGUAUCCGCUUCGUCCUCCGCAGGAGGUCAUAUCCCACUACCGGCGCUCCCGGCGCGAUCGUUACACCAACCUUGGUCUGGUCAAUGAACAAGGCGUGACAUGGCAAAAGCUUCGAACCGCCUUAACGUCGGAGCUCACCGGUGCCAGUACUGUAUUUGGCUUUUUCCCAGCACUCAAUAUUGUCACCGACAAAUUCAUCGAUCUAAUUCGAGAACGUAGAGCGACCCGCUCCACCGUAAGAGGCUUCGAGGAACUCGCUUACAGAAUGGGACUCGAGAGUACGUGCACGUUGAUCCUGGGACGUCACCUAGGCUUCCUAAACCCGGAUUCUAACAGCAGGCUCACAACGAGAUUAGCGGAAGCGGUCAGGAUUCACUUCACGGCCUCGCGCGACGCCUUUUACGGCCUGCCACUUUGGAAGCUGCUACCGACAUCCGCGUACAAGCAGCUAAUAGAGAGCGAGGACACUAUAUACAACAUUAUCUCGGAACUCGUAGAGACAACGAUAUUAGAGAAGCAGAACGACGCCAGAGACGAAUCCAUCGAGGCUGUAUUUCUCUCUAUUUUGCGACAGAAAGAUCUCGAUAUGAGAGAUAAGAAAGCUGCUAUAGUGGAUUUUAUAGCAGCGGGGAUACACACACUAGGCAACACGUUGGUGUUCCUUUUCAACUUGAUCGGCCGUAAUCCCGAAGUGCAGGAAACUCUUUACAACGAAGCGCAGUCCUUGGCGCCACCCGGUUGCGACCUUACAGUGGAUGAUUUGCGAAAGGCCAAGUAUCUACGCGCAUGUAUCAUGGAAUCCUUCAGAAUCGUUCCUACGACACCUUGCAUAGCUCGCAUAUUAGACGAGUCCAUAGAAUUGGGAGGAUAUCGCCUCGAUCCUGGAACGGUGGUAUUAUUGCAUACAUGGAUAGCAGGAUUGAGCGAUGAUAAUUUCAAAGACCCGUCCAAGUGUCUGCCAGAGAGAUGGUUGAAGACAUCAACCAUACUGCCUCACUCGCCGAUGUUAGUGGCUCCUUUCGGAGCUGGUAGAAGAAUAUGCCCGGGAAAACGUUUCGUGGAGCUUGCGCUGCAGCUUAUUCUAGCAAAGAUCGUACGGGAAUUUGAGAUCGUCGUCGAGGAAGAUCUCGGCUUGCAGUUCGAGUUUAUUCUGGCGCCGCAAAGUCCCGUAUCGCUCGGAUUUCGGGAUCGUGUGUCGAGAUGAUUUGAACGAUUUUUAUUUACGAUUCAUCGGCGACUGUUCAACAUGAAUGUUAAUCGAAUGAACGAAUGAUCGUUCCCAAUUGUCGGAGCUUCGCUCCGUUGCGCGUACCGCAUGAAUUCGCGCGGCUUGUUUUUCUUUUUCAUCGAUUGAUUUCCGAGCGUUAUCAUUUUACGCUCUUGUAUGUAUUAUUUCUUGUAAUAUUUCUUUUAAUUCGUUGAAAGGAACUCUGUUCGUCCGUUUGAGGGUAUUUGUUCCUCGAUUACUCUUGCAUAAUGUUAUAAUAUUUAUAUUUAGCUGUAGGAGCGUAAGCGAUUGGGAUCUUCUUACCUUUUAAGACAUUGACGCACAUUGCUCGCAAUGCCCCAUAUCAUUUUCUAUCAUUCUCAGUUCUACUCUCAGUUUUUCUUUUUCAAUAUGUACAGAGAAACAAAAUAAAUUUACAGAGCCCAUGCACAUCCUACAUUUAUAAUAAAUUAAUUAAAAUAGAAAAGACGGAACGGUGGUAAUGCGAUUGCAAAUGUGCCCGCGGGUUCCUCAGCCGCCUCACUUAGUUUUAUUCAUGAUAACUAACUAAUUAAUAGUUAAUAUAAAAAUGAAUGUAUAUAUCGACGAUUGUUGAUCUCAUGCCUGUUAUAUGGAAAAUUAUUUAUGGUGUAAUGUCGAUUUAUUUGAUAAUUUAUUAACGAUUUUUGAAUUUUCUUUGUCGAAACUUUGUCGUUCUGUAUAACUUUCGAGAUCAACAAUCGGGGUGGUUGAGUUAACCUGCGUCAAAAUCAUGGUAAAUUACACCAUAUAUUUACGGCAAUUAUACUUUAUCAAUCACAGUAGGAAGCAGCGAGUUUAAUUAUGGUUUAUAGUUAUUUAUUUCUAAGCUGCGGAGAUUUCGUUUACGAUGAAAGUAAGACGAUCCUGAUGUUGCCUGAUCGAUUGCGCGCACCGGUUGACUAGCCGUGGCUGAAUGUUAUAUUUACGUUACCGUACGAAAGAUUUCUAUGCAACGUAACCCGUUGACUAUCGAAAAAAAGGUUAGUUUUUUCGAAUUAUUACGCUUUUUAGAAAGCGCCGGUGCCGAAUUACAUUUCGGGAGUUGAUCUCAUUAAACAUUUCUAUCGAGAGCGCGGUUUUUUGAUGCAAUUUGAAAAUGGAUAAUAAAAAUGAUCGUUAAUUUACAAUUUUGUACAUAAAAUAUGUAGAUAUUUCUUGUUGAAUAUAGUGCAGUAAGGUAUACAUAUAUACGGUAUAUAUAUAUAUAUAUAU